UGUUUAAUAUUAUUAGCGUUAAUUAUCAUGAUUAUUAUGAACCAUUGCUAUGCUAGCAUAAUUGACCCUUCUAGGGUCAAAAGUAUUUCAUGGAAGCCAAGAGCAUUCAUGUAUGAAGGUUUCUUGAGCCAAGUAGAAUGCCAGCACUUGAUUUCCAUAGCAAAACCAAACCUCACAAGAUCCGCUGUUUCUGAUUUAGCCACUGGAAUGUCUCACCUUUCUGCUCAUAGAACAAGCCAUGGCAUGUUCAUUCCCAGGAACAAUGAUCCUAUUGUUGGUGGUAUUGAAGAGAAGAUUUCAGCAUGGAUAUUCCUUCCAAAAGAAAACGGAGAAGCCAUACAAGUAUUAAGAUAUGAAGGUGGUGAGGGGUAUGAAGCACACUUUGAUUUCUUUCAAGAUAAGUUUCAUAUUCAAGCAAAGUCUGGAAACAGAAUCGCCACAGUUCUCAUGUAUCUUAACGAUGUCAUCCAAGGGGGUGAAACACUUUUCCCUCUUGCUCAGGAUUAUCUAUUGCAUAAUGGAGCUUCUAAAACAAGUUAUAAUCACUCUACUGAAUGUGCCAAACGAGGAUUAGCAGUGAAACCAAGAAGAGGGGAUGCAAUUGUUUUCUUUGGAAUCCAUGUAAAUGGAAGUGUAGAUGGUAGGAGCCUCCAUGAAGCAUGCCCUGUGAUCAAAGGUCAGAAGUGGUCAGCUGUUAAGUGGAUUCGUAUGUAUCCAAUUCAUGCCAUCUGAUCUAAAUCCAAAAACUUAUUACUAUCAAAACUAAACUUGUUAAUUAGACUUAGAAAUAAUGUUAAUUGUUCUGAGCUUCCAUAAUCGACUAUGUCUAUUCUGUAUACACUUUUCAUGUAAUUCUAUGUUUAAUUAAUAGUUGAAAUUAGCAUACUUUGAUGUUUUAAUCAUAACAAUCGAUGUAAUAUUUUCUUUACUAAAAU